UGCAGACGCAGACUCGAUGGAACAUGGCUCUCUCCAGAGGUUUGAGAUGCUGUCAGAGGGUUUUCUCCUGGAUUCCCGUCCUUAUCAUCACCGCCGUAGUGCUCUGGUCCUACUACGCCUACGUCUUUGAGCUGUGUCACUUUACGAUCACAAAUACUUUGGAAAAAGUGGCCUAUCUGUUCGUCUUUCAUGUCUGUUUUGUGAUGUUCUCCUGGACAUACUGGAAGUCCAUUUUCACCCCUCCUGCUUCACCAUGCAAAAAGUUUCAGUUGUCGUACUCCGACAAGCAAAGAUACGAGAUGGAAGAGAGGCCAGAUGCUCAGAAACAAAUCCUGGUUGAGAUUGCUAAGAAGCUGCCUAUUUUCACUCGAGCGCAGUCUGGAGCUAUCAGGUUCUGCGACCGCUGCCAGGUCCUGAAGCCUGACCGCUGUCACCACUGCUCGGUUUGUGAAACGUGUGUUUUGAAGAUGGACCAUCACUGUCCCUGGGUGAACAACUGUGUUGGUUUUUCCAACUACAAGUUCUUCCUUCUUUUCCUGUCCUACUCCAUGCUGUACUGUGUAUUCAUCGCAGCAACAGUCUUUCAGUAUUUCCUGAAGUUCUGGGUGGGGGUUUUGCCAAAUGGGUCUGCAAAGUUCCAUGUCCUCUUCCUCAUGUUUGUGGCGCUCAUGUUCUUUGUCAGUCUCAUGUUCCUCUUUGGCUACCAUUGUUGGUUGGUGGCCAAAAACAGAUCCACUUUAGAGGCCUUCUCAGCUCCAGUUUUUGUCAGUGGGCCAGACAGAAAUGGAUUUAACGUAGGUAUGCGCAGAAACCUGCAGCAGGUGUUUGGAGAGGACAGGAGACUGUGGUUUAUUCCUGUCUUUACAAGCCAAGGGAAUGGCCACUACUUCCCUUUGAAGGAUCGCAGUUCUGAAUCUCACAAUCCAUUAUUAUCUAAUGAGGACAUGUGGGAGGAGUCUGAUGACGGAUCAGAAGAAGGAAGUUUGGUUGAGGAUGCGGACCCCUCGGUUACCAUAGAGAUGGAGGAAUAAUUUACACUGGUGCAGAAGAUGCAAACCCACACACACAGACACACACACACACACACACACACACACACUAACAAGGCAACUGCAUUCCAAAUCAUGUGAAUGUUGGGACACUGAAGGGGGCCAAACGAGUGGAUUAAAAUCUGAAUUUGGAUUGUUAUUGCCAAUUUUAACCUGGAGUUUUACACCAUGAUGGAGAGAGAAGAACGAACUUAUUGAAUGACCAGCAGCAGCACCACGGCUCCUCUCAUCGACGGACAAGCAGCAGCAGCAGCAGUUUUAUAAGAGAAAAUGAGAUAAAUGUCAAAUAUUACCUCAUUCACACGUUAAACUCAACACUUAUCAUGUAUUUGCCUCUGGUUUCUGGUGACGUUCAAGGCUGUGGCCUCAGUGGGAUUAUCGCUGAAUUGUCCAACACUGUGUUAUUUUACCUUUGAGAGUUGGGUUGAGUUUACAGUGUGACGUGUUCAGGGGGGUAUCUUCACCCCAUCUGACACCACAAAAGCUUUUGAGAUCCCUUAUGUAGUGAUCGUCCGGCCUCGACCAGAUAUUAUCAUAAGAAUCGACUUUUAUUUAUUUAUUGGAGAACAGAAGGUUCCUAGAGUACCUGACUUGACCUGCGCCUUAUUAGCAUUCAGAUCUCCGCUUGGGAGUUGGUUUCUCCUCAGAAUGUAUCCUCCUCUUCAUCAUCCUGCCCGUUCGUAGAAGCGUGCCAACAUUUUAGGCACUUAUUUAUGGAAGAACCAAACCUGCUUUUAAUUAUUCAUCGUCCACGUUGCAGACAGAAUGCCAUUAACGUCUCAAAUGUGUGAUCAAAAUCAGACUACAGGUGAAUUUGAUACUUAAAAAUAACGGUAACGUCGACUUGGAUUUAUCGUAACACUAAAAUGCUGUAGUGGAUUUUUUGUUUUUGUUUUUUUUUUGGUAGAUUAUUUCACUUUAAAAUAGCAUAAAAUCCCAAAAUGCAUUGUUCCAAAAUAUUUCAUAGGAUCAGUUUUUUUGUAGUGUCUGACUGGAGGUCAUAGUUACAAAACUUUUCCUGCUUUAUAUUUGAUGCAUAUGGAAAUCACUAAUAAUUUGCUUUUCUUUUUUUUUUUUUUUUUGAGAUGCACGUGUAUAAUUUGCUUAUAACUAGAAAUAAUGAGAUUGAACUAAUUAUGGCAGUCUUAAUAUAUUUAUCUUUUUUCUGAUGCUCAUAUCCUAAUUAUAUUUUAUCAUGAAUUCCUUUUCUUUUUUUUAAUGGUGUGACUGAAUGAAAAUCCUUUCAUUGAAUUGUGACGAUUGCUUCCUGUUACCAAUAGCCCAUGGUAAAUGUGUGGAUGCAGGGCGAGAAAGUCAAAACUGCUUUUCUUGUGAGGACGAGCAGUUCAGCUCUUCAGUUUCCAUUUUUUUUUUUUUUUUUUUUUUGUUCUUUUUAAACAUUCAGAUCGCUGUACAUAAAGAUUAAAGGGCUGAUCCUCGUCCACUGGUUGGCAGAGGACAGUCAUCUCCUGCAAUAUGUUACUUUUGUUUUUUUGUACCUGUGUUGAUGUAUUUUUUAAUGCCAAUGAAACCGUUUCCCCUCGCGGGGAAUUAGUUUUUGGACUCGUGUGUUUUAACUAGUGUGCUUUAGCCGAAGAGUACACUCAAUUAUCAGUGUGAGGAUAACGUUGGGCCUUUAUUAAACCUCGAACUUGUUUGAUCUCGACACUUUAAUUUGCUUUAUCAGAUCAUUUGUUUUGUUAGGGGAGCCAAAUCGAAUGGUGCUCAUGUCUGAGAUGUACGUCCAUUAAAUCUGUGUUGUGUUGUCCGAGUCGGGAUUUAGGGUUUGAAAGUGUGUGUGUGUACAAUGUCGGGGGAAUAUGUGAAUGUUGUCGUGUGUGUUAUCAUGUUCAGCCCUUUUCUUGUAUAUUGAGUUCAUUCAUUCAUACCUGCUGCGGGCAGUGUCUGUAUAUUUUGGGGGCGACGUUUUAAAGCAGCGGUUCUCAGUCAGGGAGGACGAGUCCUUCAGACAGAAGCACAUUUCGGCCCUCCGGAUCUCAUCCUGCAAGUAUUGUCUCACACCAGCCAGUACUCAGCAGAUGACUACCGGCUUUCCCACUGUUUGUUUUUCAUCUAUUGAUAUCCACAGACAAUGAGAUGAUGUGCUUUUGUCUUCAUAUUUAAUCUGCACAGCAAUAUAAUCGUGUAAUUCUAAGCGAGGCUCGCCCCACACUCUGAGAACCACUGCUUUAAACUAAUGAAACCGUGUGCUUUUCAUCAGAUAAUAGGUAUUUAUAGCAUUGUACGUCAACAAAUGACACCAAGUUGGCCGACAGGAGUGAAUUAAUACCAGGAAGGUCCCUUUUCAACUGUCUUUGCAGGAUGUGAUUGUGGUGCUUCCCUUCCUCGCCACCUGAGAGCUACCAAAAAAUUCAAAAUAAAUAAAAACAACACUGACAGUUUCACUUCAUCUUCUGUCUGUAAACAAAUAUAAAUUCUUUAUUGAUCCAUCAAUUGUUGUAACAUGCAAAAUAAAACAAUCCCAGCCGA